CGUGACUGGGUUGAAAGUUGAAAGUCACACGGGCAGCACUGCAGCUCGGCAUCAUGGCGGCCCUGUUAGUGCGCAGAACCCUGUCACAAGCCUUCAAUGUGCCGGCGGCAGAGCGAGGCAGCGUGUGCCGGUCCGCGGCAGCUCUGUCCCGCUUCAGACAGCCACUUGUCUCCGGAGCAGCGGCGCCGUGUCCGCGGCUCUACGGUCCCGGAGCGGCGGCGCGACACUACACUUCCGACCCGAAGGACGACCUGCGCGUCCGGUACCUGGACGGAGAAGACAACGGUAUCGUCGUCAUUGGGAUAAAUCGACCAAAAGCCAAAAAUGCCAUUAGCAAGAAUCUGGUCAAGUUGAUGUUUGAGGCUGUGGAGGACAUUAAGAAGAAUAACAAAGUCCGCAGUGUCAUUUUUUGUAGUUUGGUUCCUGGGAUCUUCUGUGCAGGUGCAGACCUGAAGGAGCGAGCUAAGAUGCAUCAGAGUGAAGUGGGUCCAUUUGUGUCCAAAGCCAGAGCGCUCAUCACAGAACUGGGUAACCUGCCGGUACCAACCAUCGCUGCCAUUGAUGGAGCUGCUUUAGGAGGAGGCCUGGAAAUGGCCCUGGCCUGUGACAUCAGAAUUGCUUCCAAUGCUGCGAAAAUGGGACUAGUGGAAACUAAACUUGCAAUUAUUCCUGGAGCUGGUGGCACGCAGCGUCUCCCCAGGCUGAUAGGUGUCUCUCGUGCUAAGGAGCUCAUCUUUGCUGCCAGGGUGGUGGACGGCACAGAAGCGAGUCGUCUGGGUCUGGUCAGUCAGUCAGUGGAGCAGAAUAAGAGUGGAGAUGCCGCUUAUCUCCAGGCGCUGGAGCUGGCACGCGAGAUCAACCCUCAGGGUCCGAUUGCAGUGAGGAUGGCAAAACUGGCCAUUAACCAGGGAAUCGAGGUGGAUUUAGCUACAGGUCUGGCCAUUGAAGAGGCGUGCUACGCCCAGGUGAUACCAACUAAAGAUCGAGUGGAGGGUUUGACUGCGUUCAAGGAGAAGCGGCGUCCUCAGUUCAGGGGCGAGUGAAGGCGGCACUGACGAGCUGCUCCUGAGUUCUGCCUUCAGUUGGGACUCUUCCACUGCUUCCAACAUCUUCAUGGUUGAAACUGUACACGUCGACACAUGAACUGUGCAGUCUCAACUCCACACCGCGGGGGACGACGAGUGCAGGACGCUGGGCUUGAUCCUGGCUGUCCUUUCAACUCUCACUCACGAGUAUUUUUGAGAAAGCGAGCGAAUCCACCACUCACGAAACUUAGAAACUGUGCAACUGAAGCUGAUUCAGUGGAAGUUAGUAACUGCACUCCCCCCCCUCCUCCUCCUCAUCUAGUGAACUAAUCCAAGAGAUAUUAACAUUCUCAUUACAGUUGUGUGAAUGCUGCACACGAGAGCUGCUUUUUUCAUUUUGGACAAAGUUCCAUCUGUUCAGACGUCACAGCUGCAUGAAAUCAUUGCAUAUUAAUUACAUUUAAUGAACACAUGCAGAGGUAUGAAGCUCUUCUAGACUUGGUAUUAAUAAUAAAAUCUGUCCUGAUUGUGUGAACACACCUGGACAGAUGUUAUACCAGGUCUGAAUGGAGCCAAAGACACUGUGAUCCACGAUGAAGACAAAAAAAAUGCAUUAAUUAUGAUCAGAGUCCCAUUUUGAACAAAUGUGCUCUGGUGUCAUUAGGACGCCGUGAAUAACGUGUUGUACAGUGAAUAAAAGUAUGAACAUGAAGGUCUUUGUGGCGUCUUUGACGACGACACAGGCUCACGUGCCUUUGGUUCACCUUGGUGGUGAGAUGGGAAAAUAAAUAUUUACCUGAAUUAUUAUGAAUAA